AUGUUGCCCAUGACAAGCCCCCGGAGUAGACGAAUGGUGAGUUCUUUCAAAUUUCAAUUAAUGUUUUACAUUUUCUAUACAAUUAACCUAAAUUUAUCUUCAGACGUUCAAUUUUACGGUCAGUAAGUAAACUUUAUCAUCGUUAAUAAUCUAAUAAGCAUUCUUUUACACAUGGCAACUUGUUCAAUGGCGCGCUGUGCGCAUCAUUGCAUCAAAUUAUAAAUGGUAAAAUAGUAUAAAUUGUUACGGAUGCUAUUAAACGUUCGUGAAACAACGAGCAGUUUAGUUUUAAAUUAUUAAUUUAACCAAUGGGAAUAGACAAUUAAACAUAUUGUGGUUAAAUGACUGUUUAUAUUAUAAUCAGGCAAUAAAGAACAUCCAUGACCAAGAAGAUGCAAUGGUCCAGCAAACACCAAAGGCAAAGAGAAAGCAGAAAGAAUUGCCCCUACAUCGGGAAAGUAUGAAAAGGAAGUCAACUGAAAUUGAAGAUCCUAUUGUGAGCGAGCAGGUCAAUGUAGAUUUAUUCUAUAUACAGUAUUCUACUAAUUGUACAUUGAUAUUUUUUAUAGGGUCUUGCUUUUUUUUCAGAUUUUAUAAAACAACUUAUUGAUCGUCCAUUUCUGUCUGAGAAAGGUGUGGGGGUAUAGAGUUAGAAGGUGGGCCAUUCAAAAGAUGUGACCUUAAAAGGGUGGGCCACACCAAAUAUGAUAGAAUGUUUUGUUGUUCUGUUGCAAGAAUGUUACACUGAAAUGCAUGGAAUGGCCAUUCUGGGCUACUACAUUUAAUAGGCUCUUACUCACUAUGUACCUUAGCAUUGAAGGGGGAGGGGGUCAUAUGAAGAAAAUGUCAUGUUUAAGGCAGGUCACAGGUAAAAGUUGGGUAUGAAGGGGUGGACAAUGCUGAAAAUGUGAUGUUUCAUGUUUGUUUACUGUAGGUUCCAACCAUGGAGGAUAAUAUACCUCUGAAGAAGAAUAGACCUUCUGAAGAAUUUGACAAGCUGGUGGAAAACAACCGAAAGUUGCGAAACCAAGUAAUAAGCCUACAAGCAAAUGUUAAAAAUAAGAAAAACAGAAUAAAGCAAAUGAAACGAAAAGGUAUGUAGGACACAGUGUAACUCUCAUUUUAAAGUGACAGUUUGACAGACACUAGAAACAUGAUGUUAACAGAAUCAGUUGUGAUUGGUGACUGAAACCAUUUGUUAUAUUUAUGUAGUGGACAAGCUUGAUCAACAAUCAACUAUUGAUCAACACCAAUCAACUAGCAGCAAUAUGUUGGAAGUGGAAGUAGAUGUGACUAGUGCGAUUGAGAGUGAAGAUGAAUCAAUGGAUGAAAAUGAUGAUGAUAUGUAUGAUCCGCAGUAUGAGAUGGAAGCCGACCAUGACAAUUCAGAUCACUCUGAAUCUGAGAGUGAUGAGUCUGAUGAAGAAUCAGAGUAAGCUAAUUUGAUUAUUAAAUAACCGAAUACGGUCAACACAAAGGAAAUCUCAGCUGUACAGAUGGAGAAGCAUUCCCAUAAAAGUACAAUUUUUUGGAUAUAAAAGGGGCGAGAGCUGAUGUAGUUCAAUCAUUAUGUAGAAUUGAUAUGCUAUUUAUAAUUACUUGUCACAGGUUACUGACAAUGGAUGAUGAAAACCUGAGGACCAUACCAAAGCAUAUUGUAUUUUUGUCGCAGCUGCUGUUGUUGUUCCGUUUCUGUCAUUCUUGCAAAGCUGACAAUCCUCUAGUGGAAACAAGAGAAGUUGGCUCAAAAGCUGUGGUCACUACAAUAUGUUGCAACCCAAAGUGCCCACAGAAGACAACAAUAUGGCAUAGUCAACCUAUGAUGCCUGGAACCAAAAUUUCUGCUGGGAAUUUCCUUUUAUGUAUGGCUACUCUACUCGGUGGUGGUUCUUUUUCGAAAGUUAGACAGAUGUUUGUACACAUGGGCCUCGGUUGUGUAUCUCUGAGUACAUACUUCCGUUAUCAAAAGGUUUGCAAAUUAUACUGUGCAAAUAUUUAGCAAACAAUAUACCCUAAAUGUAGAUUUAUUAAUAAAUUGAAUUACAUUUUGUACAAAUUCAAAGGGUGAGUUACAAGUCAGUCCAAGGAUCCUCAAAAACAAUAUUUCCUAACUCAUAAGAGCAUUUCACAACAAAUCACUAGUUCCAUUUAGGAUUAACAGGUUUACUGUAUGUUACAGUAUAGCUGUCCAGUAAACAACAUCUUAUUUUUGCUCCACAUAUUUUUCGAACGAUGCACUCAUUUAUUUAAUAUAGAGAAAACAACAAUUUGCAAUAAUUAUGUGUUGACAUCGUACCUCAAUAACAAAUAGAAUAUCCAGCAUGUUAACCAUAACUUGCAAUGACUUGGAGGUUUAUAUCUUGGGGUAUAGUUUUAGCUAAUUAUAAGUUGAUUCUAGCAUAAUUCUAGGUGUUUACAUUCAUGUGAGAAAGCUAAUCAGUGUUGGGGGGCGGGGCAUGGGAGGAGACUAUGGGCAUAAUUUAGCCAAUUCCCAGUCCUUACUGAUUGCUUAGCAACACCAAGAUUUAAAAAAUAUAUCUUAAUAUUAUUAAUAUAUAUUAAUAUUUAUUUAGACUAAGCUGUUUCCAACUAUCUACCUGCAUUGGAAGAAGUACCAGAGGAUGCUGAUAGAAAAGGCUAAACAAGUCAAGGGAGGUGUGGUGAUGGCAGGAGAUGGUCGCCACGACAGCAUGGGACACUCAGCUAAAUUCUGUGCAUAUACAAUGUUCUGUUGUACUAUGACGAAAAUCAUACACUUUGAUCUUGUGCAGGUACUGUAGAAAUUCUGAAUUAUGCUGAAUUAAUAGUUUGAUACUGAUUGUCAGUAUUUGAAUAUUGACAUAACUAUUAGGAUCUUUGGGAGGAUUAAGGGAAGAUUGUGUCCACAAAUUUAUACUUCUACAACAACACCAAGCUUCAUGUUUGAUAUAUCUGGUCAUUGCUGGGUCUUUUUUGAUCAUCUAAUCAAUCAUUUUUUCAAAUGUUUCCUGACACAUACUGAGUGAUGAUUCACCCUGCUUUGGAUGCUGGCCCAGCAUCUUGUCCAGCACCUGCUUGGCACCCCUAUCAGAUCAAGCUGGAUCCAUCCCUGUGUAUAUUGUGUAUAUCCCUGUUGCGAGAUUUAACCAAUGCUUACUUGGUAUGGACACAUGAAUAUGUUCAGAUGUUAAUGGUAUUUUGUAUUUUCUAUUACAGAGAAAUCAGGCAGGAAGCAGUCCUGCAAUGGAGUUUCUAUCAUUUAAGUCCUGUAUGGAAUAUUUAAAAAAGCAAGGGUUGACCAUAACCACAUUUAUCUCAGAUAGACAUGCAUCAAUUGCCAAACAUAUGAGAACUGUGUUGAAAAAUAUAACACAUUAUUUUGAUAUCUGGCACUUAAAGAAAAGUAAGUACAAUUCCAUUUUGAUACAUAUGUAGUUUAGAGGUGUGCAUCAGAUCGAAUUGGACGUUUAUAAUUCGGCAAUUUGUUGUUUGUUUUUUUACGAAACAACUUUAUCAAUCCAAUCCGAAAUGAAUAUUUUUGUUCGGAUUUGGAUCGGAUUUGCACACCUCUAAUGUAUUUGUAUCAACUUUCAUCCUUUGUAUUUGUAUCGACUUUCAUCCUUAGAUGUAGUAGCCUGAGUAGGAGGUGCUAAACUACAUUGAGGGAGACUUUAUGAUCUCUGCUGGACAGGAUUGUCAGUUGCCGAGAUGCCAUUCAUAUUAAUAAUAGCCAGGGUAUUGCCUAGUCAGGAUGGGAAAUUCGGACAUAACCUUUCUAUCCUGGCUAGGCAGGGUCAAUUUGCGCAUUUUGAACAUGUGCAAACUUUUAGCCUUCUCCCAAAUGAUAUCUAGCUGAAUCAUUUUUGUGACAAGUUCAUGAUCAAUCUUUUCAGAAAUACGGAAGGUGCUUUCGAAAGUAGCUAAGGAAAAAGAUUGCGAAUUGUUGAAUGAAUGGAUCAAACCAUGCGAGAAUCACCUGCACUGGAGUGCAACAUCGACAUUUAGUGGCAAUGGACUGGUGAUAUGGGCCAAAUUCAAGUCAUUUUUGGGACACAUUGUGAAUACACAUUCUGAUCACAAUGAUCCACUGUUCAACAAGUGUGGCCAUGGCAGUGAGAUUCAAGCUAGAAAGUGGCUCACAAAAGGUAUAUACAAAUUAUGGUUACUGUAUAAGUAUCAGUUCAGUACUAUUCGCAUGUUAUAAAACCAGUUAGCCAAGCCCAGAUCCCAUUUGAGAACAUCAUUCUGCAUUAGACUUAAAGUAGGGAUGCUCAUGUUUUGAUCAAUUUAUAUUAAGAUUCACACCUUUACGAAAAAGUCUCUGCUGCAUUGACAAACCCCAGGCUGGUGAAAGGAAUCAAGCAGGCUUCUCCAUUGGAACAGACAAGUUGCCUAGAGGGGUUCCAUAGUGUGCUAAAUCAAUUUGCCCCCAAAAUGAUUGCAUACUCGUAUAUUGGACAAUACUGCAGGUUUGUGACUUUGAUGAUAAAAUCAUCUUGUUUUAGUGAAGAAUGCAUUAGCAUAAUGGAGGAAGAGAGGGCCCUUAGGCAUAUUUGGUGUGGGGGCACCUAUUGACUGUUCUCAUUGUUUGACUGAGAUAUUAUAUUUAUGUUGAACAUUAUUGAAUGCUCUGGAAAAUUCUGUGUCUAUAACAAUAACAGUCUUCAACACAUAAUUUCUAAUAAGAAUAACUUUUGUUUUAUUUGAGAUGGAAUAAAAGAUCAUCUGCCGUUGUCGAUGGAGGCUUUAUUAUUUAGCGUUAUUAUUAAUUUUGCAUUUUCCCAUCAAUUCUUAACCUCUAUUUUUACGUUUUCUAAUUUUCUGGGCGAUAGGCCAUGGCUUAUGAGGCCCCUAACUGUCAGGGGUCCUUAGUUUUUUAACUAACCCGCUAAUGAGCGUUACGCCACUGGAAGAAUGUGCUGUAAGGGGAGGCGAUGAGAUGCUUAGGCAUUGACUGGUGGUGGGUUAGCUUGGUCACAUGACUUUAUUUGGGAUUUAACCCUACACACCUAAGAUUUAACAAAUAUAAAAAUUUUCCAUGUUGAUAUACAGUUUAUAUAUCAACACAAGUGGGAAUUGGGAAAAUGAGAAAUUGUGUGGAAACACGACGCCCUAAGGGCGGAGGGUUUUCACACAAUUUCGAGUUUUCCCAAUUUCCACAAGUGUUGAUAUAACUGUAUAUCAACAUGGAAAAAAUGUUUUAUAUUUGCACAAAGAAAUAUAAAGAAAGAUAUUUUCCGACGUUUCUGUAUUGACAUUGAGUUAUAUCAACAUGGCUCUUAGCCAAUCAGCAUUCAGAAUUUACAAAUGCUAUAUUAUAAACUAUAUUAUUCAUUGUUUUUCCAGGCAUAUUCUUGCUGUCAUGCAUUUUAAUGCAAAUCUUCAUCGUGCCACAGAGACCAAAAAAGCUGACAAUGCGGAACGAGUAAAAGUCACUUAUCCCAAGUUUAAAAAUGGUGAAGCAACGAUUAGGAAUGUUAAAAUUUCACAAAACUUCUGUAAGUACUACCUACAGUAUGUAUAUAUUCAUACAUGCAUAUAUGCAUACUAUUCAUCUGUAAACAGUAAAUUUUCAUCAAAUGUCUAGAGAUAAAUUGUUUUGAUUUGUUACAUCUUGUUAUCUUUGCAGCAUAUGUACAGGAGGUAUUCGAGACAUACACUGGAUCAAGCAAAAAAGCACUGAAAGAUGCUGCUUUGAAGCUCAAAGAAAUGUCUCCAAAGCCAAUGGAUUCAAUGUUUGAAAAGCAAACAAAGGCAGAGGCUCUCAAGAAAAGAUUGGACAGACGUGGAAUGGUCAUCCUAGAUGUCCCACCAACCACACCAGGUACUUAUUUCAUACGUUUCUUGGUAUGCUGUACCCUUUAGCUUGCAAUGUGCCAACAUACACCCUACCAAUUGAUGAUGUACGAGUAUUUCAUUCUGUCUAAUUCCAGAUGAUUUUACUCAUACUGUAAGUACAGUUUAUGGGCUAAAAAAGCAUUUACCUCAUAACAAUUUCUGAAACGUUUGCAAUUUUUUACAGUAUCACAAGUUCUUGAACAGGAGAAGGCACAAAAGAAAAAUGAAAAGCAAAAAGAAAAGGCUAAUCCAUGCUGUAGAUUAUGCAAGAAUCCUAUGAAAGGACACAAAUAUGUUAAAGACUGUCCCAAAAACAAAUAG